AAAAAUAUAGUUGAACCGGUUGCCGGUUAUAACCACACACAGGAAUAUCUGAGAAAGAAAGAAGUGGAUAACGUUCUUCUCCCACUUCCUCAAACAACUGCAACAAUGGCCAUCCGUUCUAGCUUUCUCAAAUUUAAUCGUCUUCAUAUCAAUGGAUUUGAACCAAGGAUAUUCAAACAAAGAAAUCUCAAUGUCAUUGCUGCAACAACAGAUUAGUAAAAGAAAGAGCAGAAGUAGUAAUCAUGGCAUGGCUCCAAUUCCAAUUCCAAUUCCACCGCGGCGUCUCAUAACGAUAUCCACAGGAGAUGGGAGAUGGCAAGGGAAAUGGGAUUCUGAAUUUCUUGUGUCUCUCCAAGAUCUAAGGUUGACAGACUUGGUUGAGACAGAAGAUGACAAUGAUCAUCAUCGUCGUCCUCGUCAUCAUAAAGAUGCUCUAGUUUCUGUCAAACUCAAAGUUGAAAAGCAUGCUAGCUUUGGGUUCUCUGUUGAUGGAAGAAUCAUCACAUCAUUCCCCAGAAAAUGUAGCAGCUGCAGUUCUCCCUACUGCAGACAGAUUGAUACAGAAUUUAAUUUAUGGGUUCUAUUAUCAAGACGAGAUAAUCGUGAACUUUCUUUACCAGAACUUGGAGGAGAUGAUCCAUCUGUAAUUUAUGUGAAACCUGGAUGUGAAGCAGAGCUUGAUGCCUUCAUACAAGACACCAUACGGAUUACCACCUCUACAAAAGAUACUUGUUCAGAAUUGUGUGAGAAAUCUUCAUUUACAUUGCAUAAUAAUAGUGACUCGAAAUCGGGUACUAUUGAUCGAAGGUGGUCUAGACUCUUGGAGCUAAAGAAUUCAUCAAAUUAUUCAUAACAUAUAAUCUAAAUAGCAUUUCUAGAAAAUAUGAAAAUGUAAUUAUAUAUAUAUAUAUAGACAUCUGUGUAUAGCUUAUAAAUAUAUACAACAUCUUAGAUGGUCUAAAAAUUUUAUUGUGUAAGAUAAUAUAUAUAUAUAUUUUCCAUUAUUAUGAAUUAUAUUAUGAUCUCUCAA